AUAAGUCUCUUUUGCGGUAUGCAUUGGUACUCAUGGAUGUUUCCAUGCCCGUCAUGGACGGCAACGAAGCCAUUUCCGCCAUUCGACAAGCUAACAUCACCGUACCCAUUGUGGCAUUGAGUGCCAAUGUCUUGUCACAAGAACAAGACAAGACCAUUUGUUUGGGAGCCGACGAAUUCCAUACCAAGCCCAUUCUACGAAACAAUCUACAUGCCAUUUGUGAACGAUACUUGGUGGCGUCACCGCCGGGACUUGUGGUGGACACUCACUUUACUCCGUUGAACCGACCCGCCCACGAUGAUGACGGCACGAAUGGUUUGAAGUAGGGCAUGCUUCACCAAACUGCCCUCUCAGCUGUAAGAACGGCGACGAAGACGCAUAGCUGUCAUUGCAAUGCAGGGGGGGGGGGGGCUUUGGUUGUGCUGGAAACAAGCAAUGCCCGGGCGUACAAUAUUU